GGAGCAGACGAACGAGCGAGCAGGGCGUGCAUCUCCGACCGGGCGUUCGUUUAUAUUGUUUUCGGACCGACCGUUUUGGCCAGCUGCAUCGGCGGCGCAUUCAGGCUGAAUGCUCGCGAGCCGGAUAAAAUGGCGGACGGCAUCUCAUUGGCGACGCCCGCAGCCGGGGAUGCCAUGUCGCCUCCAGUCUCCAGCCGACUCCAGUUCUUCAUCUCCACGGGGAUGAGGCCGGCUACCCCGGGCGGCGGCCGUGCUUAUUUGCCGGCCUCGGGAGCGCAGCCGGCUCCAGCACCAGCCUAA